AUGUGUCGUCGUUCGAGUCGCGUCCCCAGCGUCGCCGCUGUCGCCGAAGCACUCCGGGUCGCGAGCAUCGUCUCGUCGCUCGAACCCGCGGAGUCCGAGUCGCGUUCGUCGCAUCGCCCCUGCCGCCAGCGCCGGUCGCCGCCGCGUUGCGGGAGCUGUGUCGCGUCCGCGUUCGUCCGCAGCGUCCCCGCUGCCGACAACAUCCAGCGUCGCCGCUAUUGCGGGGUUGCCGCAGCGCUGCUUGCGUCGCCGGCGGGCGCGCGGCCGUUGGAGGAGCUCGGCCGAGGGGGGUGCCACGUCGCCGACGCCGUGCGGUCGGGCGGUCGGAGCGCCGUACGGGCCGUGCGAGGAUCCUCGCGAUCAGAGUUGUGCGCUGCAGGCCUGUUCCCGAUUCGCCGGAGUGAUGCGCGCUGGGGUGUGUCAUCGUGGUCGCGUGUGUAA